GAUUUUACAUGAGUAUCAUCUUGACGAAAUCCACUCACAUUUGACUUAAGGACAGCCAUUAACUAUAACAUGAACAUUUCCAGAGGAAUGUGUGUCGGGUCGACAUGGUUUAGUCGUGGAUAAAGGGUUAAUGAAAGUGCAUGUCCGUUUGCUGGAACUGACAUCCGAAGGGCAGCCUCUUGUUCACGGAAGUACAGUAGAUCUGCACGCAAGAGUUCAGAGCCCUCAGAUGUUCCUGCUAACCCGCUAACAAAGAACACCUUCAUUGUUGCUUAUUUUAGCCAUGGCGAAGACUGGAUAUGGCUACUACCGGGCGACUAUAUUCCUGGCCAUGUUUGUGGGCUACACGCUGUAUUACUUCAACAGGAAGACGUUCUCCUUCGUGAUGCCGUCUGUAAUGCAGGAGAUCACACUGGAUAAGGAUGAUCUGGGUCUCAUCACCAGCAGUCAAUCUCUGGCCUACGCCAUCAGCAAGUUCAUAAGCGGUGUGCUGUCUGAUCAGAUGAGCGCACGAUGGCUCUUCUCUAUUGGGCUGUUUACAGUCGGCGGCAUUAAUGUCAUUUUCUCUCAGUCGUCUUCGGUGGCUGUCUUCUCAGGCCUGUGGUUUCUUAAUGGACUAGGUCAAGGUCUAGGAUGGCCACCUUGUGCAAAAGUGCUACGUAAGUGGUUCGAACCAUCUCAAUUUGGCACCUGGUGGGCAGUGCUGUCCUGCAGUAUGAAUCUGGCUGGAGGUCUCGGACCCAUAAUUGCAACUCUGAUGGCUCAAAGCUACAGCUGGAGGUCCACGCUGUCCAUCUCUGGCUUGACCUGCGUGGUCACGUCAAUCUUCUGUCUGAUCAUUAUCCGAAAUGAGCCCAGUGAAGUUGGCCUGCCAAAUAUUGAAGCUGGAGCCAAGAAAGUCAAAGGAGGCUCCAGCAAAAAUGAAAGCACCUUCAAAGAGUUCAUCUUUUCUCCAUAUCUAUGGCUGAUGUCGCUGGGGUACCUGGUGGUGUUUGGGGUGAAGACUGCCUACACAGACUGGGGGCAACUUUUUCUCAUCCAGGAUAAGGGGCAGUCGGCUCUAAUGGGCAGUUCCUUCAUGAGUGCCCUUGAAAUCGGAGGACUGCUGGGUAGUUUAGCUGCAGGAUUCCUGUCAGACAGAGCCGUGGCAAAGCAUGGAUUGCGAUUGUAUGGUAACCCUCGGCAUGGGCUCUUGCUCUCCAUGAUGGCUGGGAUGUUUGUGUCCAUGUACCUCUUCCGCACAACUGUCACGGCACACAGCUCAAACGUCUGGAUUCUCUUGUUGGGUGCUGCUUUUGGCUUUUCCUCCUAUGGACCGAUUGCCUUGUUUGGAGUUCUUGCGAAUGAAAGCGCUCCGUCAAACUACUGCGGGACUUCUCACGCCAUUGUCGCACUAAUGGCAAAUGUUGGUGGUUUUCUGUCAGGCUUGCCAUUCGGAACCGUUGCUAAACACCACGGCUGGAACACAGCAUUCUGGGUAGCAGAAAUAGCCUGCAUGGUCACAACAGUUGGAUACUUCCUGCUCCGAAAUAUACGCACCAAGAUGGGAAGCAUUCCCAAGAAGGCAGACUAGACAUUAGAGUGUUAUUUAAAUAUAUUUGAACUAGUUUCUAAGAAUAAAGGGCAUGUUUUGAAAGUGUGGAAAAGCGCUUUUUUGUUUAUAGAAUGAAUGUCUAUUAUCAAGAUUUCACACUUUAUUUUUACAAACGUACAAAUUGAGAUAUCAUGUUGUGUCACUUUCAGAAGCACAUCAUGUUAUUUAUUCUGCUCGUUUUAAAAAACAGAUUACAGACUCAACACAAAUAGAUCGUUUUUACAAAUUUAAGUGGAUUGAACAUAAAACAUUUAAGUUCUCCCAGAAGAAACUUAAGAGUUUUGUUGUUUGAACUCACUUUAAAUAAGUAGUUUAAACGAGCAGCAUUUUUGACUGUAUAUAAGUAGUUCAUUAAGGCAGGUUAAAGCCAUUUAAGAAUAGCGUGCAUUUCUUUAUGCCUUUCAAAGCUUUAACUGGUCCUACCUCUAUUGUAUUAAAAAUAUGACAUAUGUGACAUAAGAAUGUUAUCACAUGAAUGUUUAAUAACACAAUGUAAUAAAUUAAAAAAGGAAA